UAGCUGAAGGCUCCAUGUGGACGGGAUGGUGGACAUAUGAAGGCAUUUCAGGUCCAAGAUACUGGGGUCUACUGAAUCCUGAGUGGAAAAUGUGCAGUGAAGGAAAACAACAAUCUCCAAUUGACAUCCAGCCCAAAUAUAUGUUGUUUGAUCCGAAUUUGAAACAUAUUGUAAUAAACAAAAUUAAGUUAUCCGGCACGCUUCGGAACGUCGGACACGGGAUUGUAAUGGACAUCAAUACUACAAAUGCUGAUGUUGUGAACAUUAGUGAAGGUCCUCUUUCUUAUGUAUAUAGAGCCUAUGAAAUAAAGCUACGCUAUGCUAACAACGACAGUAAAGGCUCAGAACACACUAUAAAUGGGAAUCAUUUUGUUGGAGAGAUACAAAUAAUGGCAUAUAAUGUUGACCUCUAUCCAACGCCCAAAAAUGCAUCACAGCGAGUUAAAGGAAUGGCAAUAUUAACAGCAUUUCUUGAAUUGUCUGAUCAAAGAAAUAAAGCUCUGACACCGAUCAUAGAAAAUAUGAAAAAUGUACAUGAGCAUAGAGGUCACAAGGCUACAAUUCAUCAUUUAUCUUUAGAUGAAUUAAUUCCUAAAACAGAUUUGUUCAUCACAUACGAAGGUUCUCUUACUGAACCUGGUUGUCAUGAGACGGUAACAUGGAUAAUUUUUAAUCGUCCAAUCUACGUAUCACGUGACCAACUUAUGACACUUCGAACGAUUUACACAAAAAACAAACAUCGGCCAUUACAUAGUAUUCAAACUAAUUCACGACCAAUAAUGGCUAUUAACCACCGUGUUAUUCGGACAAAUAUCAAUUUUCCUAAACCUACGAACCUAUGUACUAUGGAUAAGAAAACAAAAUUCAGAGUUAACCCUCUAUAUGAAGAUCGAGUAUAAGCCUUAUAUAAUAUGGCAACGGUUCCCUAUUAAGCUGUUUACAUCUCGCCUCUUUACUCUGCUGCUUCGGCGACCAUCCAUCUACGCAGUUUUCACUUGUGACCUACACACUCCAGCCAACUCGUCAGAGGAAGGUAGAAAGAAGAGACAUGGAAAAUAUACAGAGGGAAAGUAGUGUGGAAGAAUGGAAAACUAUAAAGGAGGGUUGCACCACAAAAUAACAUCUAUUCAAAUUAAGUAUAUCCUGCAACAGCUGUCCUUAUUUUCUUGAACGAUAAUCUAACCAAAAUGGAGAGUUCUGAUACAAACACAAACAUAGGGAUCUGAUAUGAGAUUUUUCAUCUCAAAUUUCCUGCCUUUAGAAAGAAAGAGAAUUUUAUAUGAAAAAUGAUGGGGAGUGAAUAAUAGUGUAAGAAAAUUCGGUGAUUGUGUGUGUCGUUUGGUUGCAAGGGAAUAACGAGGAAAACUAGUUUGUUCAAUGAACGUAGAAUUUAUUUUUUUUUUUUUUAACUUUUUCUUGGUUUCUUAAUAUUUUCUUUCUUUAUUUUUUUUUUUCGUUUUCGCUCAUUCAUUUGAUUUUUCAUGUUGACAAUGGUGGGAGAAAAUAAGUUGCUGGUUUCGCUUAAUUUCUUUUUGUUAUCUGGUGGUUAACAAAAUAUGUCAGAACAGCACUUCAUUGGACACUGAGUUGAUGAGUUUUCUACAUCAGAUAGCACAGGACAACACAAGAGAAAUAAAGGUAAAAAAAUUGCAUAGCGCACAGAAAGAAAAUCGAUUAUUGGAUUACAGAUAGCGAAGUGCAAUCAUUAGAAUCGAUAAGUAAUCAAUAGUGUAUGUACAUGUCUGGUAGCAAUACAUAAUUAUAGUAUCAGUACUAAUUUUUAUGCACCAUCAUUGAUAAAAAGGCUUUUGAUAUUUUUUCUAUCGACAUUUCAAAUACAAGCUUACACAGAUGUAUGCACGUGUGCAGUUGAAAGCAUGAGUUCUGUGGUUUAGCGAGAGAUAGUUUAAACUAUCUGCUGGUCCGCGUGGGUAUAAUGUAAAUGAAAGACAAGAGAAAUUCUAAUAUAUGACAAUACUGUUCUUCGAUUGACGAGAUUUGUCUUUGUAAAAGAAAUCUUACAAGAAGUGCUUCGAUUGAACAACGAUCGAUUUAUACAAGAAAGGGUAUUAAUCAAAAGGUAUAUUGAAUCAUAAGUCAUAAUAAAUGUUAGCAAUGUAUUGGAAUAACCCUCUGUAAGCAGCCUAUUGUUAUUCACCACACGCCAUAAAAAUAACUAAUUUUUUUUUCGAUAUAUGAAUUAUAUUUUCUAAACCUGUAAAAUGCUUGUAUUUGGACACAAUGCAGGAAUGCGUCAACAUUUAUUUAAACAUUUCUUUAGAUGUAAUACAUUUCGUUAUUCAAUUCCCAAUGAUAGGUCAAACUAAGAGUUUCUAGCAUUAACAGCAAGAGUUUCAGUGUGAACAUGAAAUUUUGAAACAGAAAACUGAGUUAUCUACACACACUUCUAACCGAAAAUAAACAAACAAAUAUAAUCUACAUACCAACACAAGACAUAUUAAUCAGGAGAAUUUGCAAAUAAUAAGUGCAAAGCGUUCACGAAGUGGUAUAAGUUAGUUCAUCCGCAAGAAUAGGAGAUAUCAGCUGUUUCAAGCAGGGCCCAUCAUUGCAAAAGUAAUAUCUAACACACACUUUAUAUUAAAAAAAUACCCAAUUUCAACAUAGCUUACGAAUCUAAAGGAAAUAUUUCCAGCUCGAUUUUUUUAGAUUUCUUUUAACCGGAAAUAAAUGUAUAUACUAAUACAAUUCUUAAUUAGCAUAAAACAUUUCUUAUGUGUCACUUAAUGUAGUAAGAAAAUGAUUACAAUCAACAGUUCAUGAAUGCUACAUAAUCAAAAUAAUAAAUUUUUUGCGGACGAUUUUUAACUA